UGCAUUCGUAUACAUAUAAACGUCAAUGUGAAUAUACAAUCACGAGAAUGAUGGUGACAGGUUAGAUGGAUAGAUAUGGAACGAAUCAAGGACUAAAAUGUCACAUUGAUUUCUAUAAAAUCGUUAGAAAAUCACAAAUUAUCAAAAAUCAAUAGGGAUUUUUCUUAUUGCAUAAAAUCUACACCGAUCUUUUAUCUAGAAAUUCAAGGCGAUUUUCUACUUUCUAGAAAAUGCUGAUUUUCUCCUUCAGUAUAAUAUACGUGACGAUAUUAUAGCUGCUUUAAAAACGGCAAGUUUAGUUUCUGAUGAAGGAAAAAAGUUAGGUGAAAGUUACUCAGUCCCAGAAUUACCCGUUCCAUUAAAAACAUCAAUAGAAAAAAAUGAUUUAUCAAAAUUCGCCAAUCAUUGUAAUUUCAGACAAGUGUUAGCUGAUUUAGUUUUUAACAAUUUAGUCACAAAUUAUCGCCUAUGGUAUCCAAAGCCUCACGAAUAUUCAUCUAUAUCAAAUGGUAUUUCAGAACGUUUGAAAAUUCCGAAAUCAGAUAAUAAUGCCGUACUUGCAUGGAAACGAACAAUAAUUGGUAAAUUCAAAAGUGAACGAGCAGCCCAAAUAGAAUCUGUUGAACAAGUGAAAUUGAAUAAAACAAAAUAUUCGAAAUUACAAUCGGGACGUCCACCAAAAAGAUAUGGACAAACAACCAUGGCGGAGAGAGAUGCCGAAAGAAAAGUUAAUUUGGUACAAAAUGUGGAAGAUGCUAAUGAUGAACAUUUACAAUUAAGUGUUAAUGAAAUGAAAAAACAAUCAGAAAAUGUUAAACAAAAUUUUAAUACAUCGUUAGAAUUAUGGCGACAAACAAUUGCUUAUCGUCAUUCAUUUGUUCAAAAACAUCCAACUUCUGAUGUAAUUAAUGAAUUUCCAUUUUACAAAGAACCGAUAUUUGUUUUUAUCGAAUUGCAAAUGAUGUCCGGUCUAUAUCUUGAAGAUAUUACAAAAGCCACAUUAUCACGCUUAUAUGAAAAAAUACUAUCGUCUACCACAUCGUUUUUAACCGAUUCACAUCCAAUUCGAUUGUUGAAAAUAUUAUGUCAAUUAUUUGAAGAAAGUUUUAAAAACUAUGAACCAACAUCUCCACAACCAACAAUAAAAAUCACUGAUGAAAAAAUUCCAAUAUGUUUUGAUUGGAAUGCUUUACUCGAACUGGGAACUAUGGAAGAAGCUAUAGCCCUUUGGAUAGGGCUUUAUUAUAUAUUUGAAUUAAAGUUUCCAGCACAUAAAGGGUGGGCCAGAAGUCCUGACUCGAUUUGA